UUUUUUUAUUGCGCAUGCGCAACCUUUCACGGGAAAGCGAACCAAGAUGGCGGCUGUUGUUGAAAAUGUUGUAAAACUGCUGGGAGAGCAGUGCUACAGAGAUGCCAUGGAGCAGUGCCAUAACUACAACGCCCGGCUAUGUGCCGAGAGGAGUGUCCGGAUGCCCUUCCUGGACUCUCAGACUGGAGUGGCGCAGAGCAACUGUUACAUUUGGAUGGAGAAGAGACACAGGGGACCAGGAGUGGCCCCAGGACAGCUGUACACCUACCCAUCCCGCAGGUGGAGGAAGAAACGACGAGCCCUCCCCCCAGAGGAUUCCCGGCUGGUCUUCCCCCUCUAAAGUCAGAACUGGACUUGGGUUUUAAGAAGGAUGCCCUGUCAUCAUCUGAUGGCAGCAGUCUGGAAGCCCUGCUGAAGGGGGAACCCCUGGACAAACGGGGUCCUCUGGAGCUCCAUGGGCCAGAUGAGGAGUCCAGUCUGGCAGACUACACUUGUGGGGGAGUCACCCCUGCAGCACGCGUCAGAAAGAGAGUCCUGGAGCCAGAUGACUUCCUGGAUGACUUGGAGGAUGAGGACUAUGAGGAGGACACCCCCAAAAGAAGAGGCAAAGGAAAGGGAAAGGGUCGUGGAGUGAGCAGUGCCAAGAAGAAGCUGGAUGCUGUGGUGGCUGCACUGGAGGACAAGGACAAGCCUUACUCAUGUGACAACACUUUCAGACAAAAGCAUAUUUCACAACCUUCUGGACGAGUCUGUGGGAAGCGUUACAAGAACCGUCCGGGCCUGAGCUACCACUACGCCCACUCCCACCUGGCUGAGGAGGAGGGAGGGGACAAGGAGGAGCCUGAGGUCCACACCCCCACCCCACCCCAGCCUGAGGAGCCUAAGACCCCCAAGAAAGGUCCAGACGGUUUGGCGAUACCCAAUAACUACUGUGACUUCUGCCUCGGGGACUCAGCCCUCAACCAGAAGACGGGCCAGUCAGAGGGGCUGCAGUCCUGCUCAGACUGUGGACGUUCAGGCCACCCGUCCUGCCUGCAGUUCACCCCUGUGAUGAUGGCUGCAGUGAAGACCUACCGCUGGCAGUGCAUCGAGUGCAAGUGCUGCAACAUCUGUGGCACCUCAGAGAACGACGACCAGCUUCUCUUCUGUGAUGACUGCGAUAGAGGCUAUCACAUGUACUGUCUCAGCCCCCCUAUGGCUGAACCUCCAGAAGGGAGCUGGAGCUGCCAUCUGUGUCUGGACCUGUUGAAAGACAAGGCGUCCAUAUACCGGACACCUAAUGCCCCUCCGUUGUGAUGGACCUCCACCCUCUCACAGGUUCUCCAUCACUGGUCAGCAG